AGAGAGAGAGAGAGAAAGAGAAAGAGAGAGACCUGUGACUGAAGUUAACCAUAAACCUGAGCUCACUGGCAUUUCUCUCCAGUCGGCCCCGUGAGAGUGAACUGCACCUGCUGGAUGUACAAACUUUAUCCUCUUCCAGUGAAAACAUUGCACGGUUGAGGCCAUGGAGUGCCUCAAAGACUGCUGCAAGAACUUCAUGAACAAGAAGGGGAGAGACCAGGAUACCCAAGUUAUCACACUGAAGAUGCCCCCUACAUCAGGACGGGCGCUAGAUGACGACAGGAGGGGUGUCACAGAAGAUUACCUCCUGUCCAAGCUGCCCCCAGAUGGUAGAGAGGUGCCGUUUGUCCUGCCGACCUUCAAGGCAUCUUUUAUCCAACCCAGUGGAUCCCGCUUCCCCAAUUUACAGUCUGGACUGCAGAGUUCAGCGCGGUCCACGUACGCAGAGAGGAAGGCAGAGCUGCUGGGCAGCAGUCAGUUCGCCUACAGCCCCGAGUUCAGACUGCACCAGGGCCGGAUGACUGAGUUCAUCUCCCCUGGAUCGACCCGCCGCGACACACUGAAGAACAGAAACUCCACCUCAGGUUUGACUCUGUCGCCGGGCGGCGAGCAGCGACUCAGCAGCUCCAUGUUUGAUCUGACCAGCUCUCAGAGUCACAUGCAGCGCUUCAACUCCGUCUCCAGCGUCCUCAGCAGCACGUCCUCCGCGAUUGGCUCCAUUGAAAGCAGCCUGGACUCCAUCACCCUAUCUGGGGAUGAGCGCGAGCUGGGGAAGGUGUGUGUCCGAGUGAGCUACCAGGAGGCUGUGGAGCAGGUGUGGAUCACUCUGGUCCAGUGUUCAGACCUCAACCUUCUGGAUGGAGUGGAACAACAAAAGAUUGGAUUUAAAGGCAUCAUCACCAUCCCUAAACCGAUACAGUUCAAGAGCUCGGUCAAGGAGUACUGUCAGGAUGUGCCCUUCAUGGAGACCUUUGUGUUCGCGCUGCACCUCCAGCAGUUGCGCUGCAGUGCUUUGGUGCUGCGCUUGCAAACACACAACCCACGGAAGCGAACGGUGGCGGAGUGCGUCCUCUCCUUAAGAGAGAUCAGCUGUCAGGAGACGGAGCACUGGAUUGACCUCAACCCUCCGUCCAAAUCCUCUGUGUGCCACUCUGAGCUGCAUCUCACCACCUGCUUUCAGCCGGUCAACGGACGCAUUCAGCUCCAGGUCCUCGCCGCCCAAAACCUCCCAGCAUCCUCCUCACCACUCACCCAAGCGUUUUUUGUCAAAGUGGAGAUGCUCCAGUUGGGGCGGGUGGCGAUGAAGAAGAAGACCCGGGUGAUGAAGGCCUCAGCGGGUCAGUGUAAGUGGAAGGAGAGUUUUUACUUCCUGCUGACAGCGCUGGACCACGACUUCUCUCUGUCGGUCAAACUCUACAGCCGGAGCUCGGUGAGGAGGAAACUGUGUCUGGGACAGGUUCAGCUGGGAUUUGACAGCCCUCUUCCAGAAGCAGUGGAUCAGUGGAAGGACAUGAUGGCUCAUCCAGAGAAAGUAGUGUCUGCAUGGCACCGGCUGAGCCCUGUUUAAACCUCCCCGCCUGACUUCAUCUCUGCACACUAUGGACACGAUGCUCUCAUGCUGCAGGUCCAGUCGGCCAGCCACGGUCCUGUACACUAGCUGACUGGACUCCGAUGGAGCAGACUGCAAACCACUGAACGUGAAGACCAGAUUCCCACAGAGACAGUUUGGGUGCUCGGUUGUAAAUAUGGGGGUUUUGAACAAAGUGUCGGUGCUAGAAAAAAAAAGGUUUGUGGUGGUUUUUGUGUAGACAACAUUAAGUUUUUUUAUUUAAAACAACAGCAGAGUAUUUGCUCGCUGUAUAUAAGCUGUAUUUUGUGAGUCACGGUCCCUUAUCGCUCUGUUUCAGUUGGAGAGAAAGUUUACAGGCAGAGAAAGUCGCUAACUCACUAUAUUGAGCAUAUGUUAUCAUUCUGUAAUGAGGCCCAUCUGGGAGGUUGUGUUAGGUCAGAUUAUUGGACUGGUGAGCUCAACAAUGAGCUGAGAUCAAAGAUGUCAAAGACGUCUGUGUACUGUUGAAGAAAUAUUGAAGUUAGCAAGCUAACCAGCUAGCCCCAGUCUGUCCUGUCCUGCAAUGCCACAUAAAGUGAAUUUCAGCCAGUGGUUGUCGCUACAUUUCUGCGGUGUCUUCUCGUCACGGGAGUCUUAGUCUUGGUCAGAACUGCUGUAAAUCACCUCCAUACUGUCGUUCGAGUCUUUUCCUGGUGUCUGUUGACAAAAAGACAAAUGUACAUAUCAUUGAUUCAUCCUUUAUUUUCCUAAAAGCUGAGUUCCAAGUUUUUUUUUUAACUUAACUAUAUAGGGUAGAUAUCAUGUUACUGUACAUUACAGCGGCAUCAAACCAUGGCUGUACGCUUUUGAUAGUGAAGCACUUUAAUUUUGUAUGUAUUUAACAUUAUAAUGUUGACAGUCUAGUGAAUAAAAGUCGUUUGGAAAAUGUCA